UCAAACCUCUUCCUGCUCCAGGGUCUGUAUGAUAUCCACAUCAAGCUGCAGAGCGUCCCCUUCCUGCACUGGGACGCUCCCGCCACCUCCCAUUGGUUAACAGCCAGAGAGGUGAUGAGUGCCCCGGUCACUUGUCUGAACAGGAUAGAAAAAGUGGGGACCAUCGUGGACGUCCUUAGCAACACGUCCACCAGUCACAACGGCUUCCCGGUCGUCAUGCAGGGCGCAGAUAGUGACGAGCCGUCGAAGCUCUGCGGCCUCAUCCUACGCUCUCAGCUCAUCGUUCUUCUAAGGCACAAGGUGUUUGUGGAGCUGGCUCGCUCCCAGCUGACUCAGAGGAAGCUCCAGCUGAAGGACUUCAGGGACGCGUACCCUCGCUUCCCCCCCAUCCAGAGCAUCCACGUGUCCCAGGACGAGAGGGAGUGCAUGAUGGACCUCACCGAGUUCAUGAACGCAACGCCUUACACUGUGCCACUGGACACUUCUCUUCCUCGUGUGUUUAAGCUGUUCAGAGCGCUGGGACUCAGACACCUGGUGGUAGCGGAUGAUGUGAACAGGGUGGUCGGUCUGGUGACUAGGAAAGAUUUGGCCAGAUAUCACCUGGGUAGUCACGGACUGGAGGAGCUUCAGCUGGCCCAGACAUAGUACACACACACACACACACACACACACACACACACACACACACACACACACACACACACACACACACACACACACAUCUAUGAACUAUGUCCACCUGAUGCCUCCUCAGAUGCUAUGCAGGACACUAUCCACGGCCGAGAGGUGUCCGUUACUUCCUGAAGCCGAAAUGUUCACCAUGAAAAAACGUGUGAAGUGUUAGAAAAAUACACUUAAUUGUAAAACUAGUGUAACAAUUGGAUGAAGAAUAACAGCCCUUUACGAACAGAUUCGUUCUGUUCAAUCCAUUUGAAAUGCUUUGCUUUCAACAGAAUACGUUAUCGUCUCUGAGACAUUAAAUGAACCCUAAGAACGGGGGCUUUGGUACCCUUGUUUUUUUUUUCUUUUACUUGUAUGCAAAUAAUGUCUAAUGGAUGGAAAAGAAAAAAAAGUUGCCUUAUCUGAGGAUUUGUAUUUCGAUUAUGCUUUUCAAAGACCUCUUCAAAGACAUUUUACGUACGUGGUGAAGUUAAGUUAAAAUCCCUCUGCUUCAUUUAAAAAGGAAAAGAUCUGCACAUGUCUCUCAGUGUUUCCUUCGUGUUGUUCUGAUAUCACUUCACAUAUGAAUCAGUUAUAACAUUGAUUAUUUACAUUUUUUGGAUUGGUUUGAAAACAUGAUUUUGAGCAAGGGUUCAUCGUAUAAUAACCGACCAUUUACGGUCUUCUUCGGCGAUGCAGGAAACGUUUUUAUUUUUCGGCUAUUGUGUAGUUUUGCACUGAGCGAAUGCUGUUAUUUAUUGUUAAUGUAUUUUAAAUGUGUGAUUUGGGCUCACCUAUGCCCAGUCACAUAUCCCAAGACACCUUUAAUAAGACAUAAUGGUCACCUAUUUAUUUUGGAAACGUGUCAUUUUGUCGUUGGAGACAAACUGGAGAUACAGAUCUCUCCUUCUGUCAGCUUUACUGAGCAUAUCUUUUGUACUACUGCCAGUGAAAACGGACUGAAACUCUUAGGUACCAUCAUCUUUUUUCAGAAAAUCUCAAAAUGUUUGCACUUUGGUCUACUACUGAAAAGAAAGUGUCACUCGUGAACUCCAAAUGAAUGUAAACCGUUGUUUAUCACAUGAACUCUGUUUAAACCAAUCAAUUUACACAAUAAAAAAACUCAGAUUUAAAAAUGGUCAGUUUGUAAAUCCAACAUGUUUUCAAAUAUCAGUGUUAUUUAGUUUUCUCCUUCGGUUUGUUGUCUUUGUACAGUUCUAGAUGUUAAAAUAUGGACUAUGCUCAAUUUCAUAACCACUGGAUAAGCCUUUUGUGAAUUAAUAAAGUUGAAAUCUAUUGUCAUUUUA